AUGGACGUGCCGGAGCAACACAGUUUUCUAUCGCUUUCCACAAGUUUCGUAUUUGAUAUUUCUCUCAUUAUUCUAUCUAUAACAUUAAGCGUCAUCAACUCAACACACUCACGUACAGGACAGUACCGGUGUCCGAUGUCAGCAAAGGUCUUUUACCAUAAAACACCAAGCGAAAGGCCGAUUCUCAACCAUAUCCCAACCGAGAUAUGGAUCAGGAUUAUGGAAUACGCCGGAGGGUCGGGAUUAGGCCUGUAUGACCCCAAUAUGACUGCUUCACGGGCUUUCAGCUUCAUCCGAGCGAAUGAAAGACGCGAAACGAAAGAGCUCAGGUCAUCCUUGAUCAUGAGGAGUCGGAUGUCCAGAGUCAGUAAAGCCUGGUAUACAAUGGCCUGCCCCCUCCUAUUUCAGUAUAUCCACUUGAAAAAAACCAAAGGCGUUGAUUCACUUCGGAAUGCCCUUGAAUCAACGCCCGACAACGACAGCCAAGAAUGUGCGCUUGGGUGGUGGACCAGAAGGCUGGAUAUUAAUCUAUGUGACAACGAGUACAAUAUUAAAACUGUCCUUCAGAAUCAGGGCCAUAUCGCAGACCUUGUUGGGUUCUUGCCACGCCUUGAGAUUUUGACGUUCUCUACAGUCGCACAGGGCUACAUCACACAUCAAUCUUCACAAAUACUGGACUCUCUGUCUUGCCGAAAAUCUCUAAAGGUAGUGAUAUGGUACACCAACUGUCUCCCGCCUAGCGACAAGAGCUGGACGCAUUUCCUGGAGCGUCAUGACCAACUCGAAAUGAUUCGAGGACCGGCAUCUAUUGAACCGACCAAUGGCGUUCAAUUAAACGCACUCAAAAUUUUGCACCCUCUGUUAAUACGUGUAUAUCCACAGGAUCUGCGCUCUGUCAAUCUCACACAAGUUGACCUACCCUCCCUGAAAUGGAUCUCGUACGUGGUCGAAGAGCUCCCCAGGGUAAGUCUAAGGACCAUAAGGACCACGAUUUUUGAUCUCCUUGGAGAGAAACUUGUCGCCGUACAGAUCCUACAUUACACGGUCCACCCAACCAUUGCGCGUAACCACAUCACUUCCGUUAUGGACAAGAUGCGGGACACAUGCCACAACUUGCUGCAACUCAACCUGGUUCUUCGUAAUUGGUCCUCCUUCAUCAACUCUACAGGAUCUUUACUCGAUAUGCCCGAUUCAGUGACGAAGCUUUGUAUACGGACGCUUCUCUCCCAGGUUUCAAACUCUCACUUGAAACAGCUCUUACAUGAUACCCUUCCCGCUGUUAAAUCCCGAAAUCCCAACCUAGUAGUCGUCCAACUCCUUGAUGAAGCGAAUAUCGAGAAGUUAUAUUUCCAUUUCCGAGCGUUAGAGGACGGCCUAAAAAACCUGAAGGGGCUUGGUAUCAUGAUUCAAGAUCAUAAUGGUCAAAACCUGACCCCUAAAAUGCGUGAUACUUAA